AUGACAGUCACGCACUCGUCUUCCAUUUUGGUCAUCGGUGCAGGCACCUGGGGCUGCUCGACAGCUCUACAUCUCGCGCGACGCGGAUACACAAAUGUCCUGGUGCUGGAUCCGCACCCGGUGCCCUCGCCCAUUGCGGCGGGGAACGAUAUCAACAAGAUCAUGGAGCACAAGGAGCUAAAGGCUGUAAACCCCGAUGCCCGGAGCGUUGCAUUCGCGACCUGUUCCCGCGCGGCUUUGAACGGCUGGAAGACCGACCCAGUGUUCCAGCCCUAUUUCCACGAGACCGGAUUUAUUGUAUCUGGGCAUACACAGGCCCUUAUUGCGCAUAUCAAGACGGAAGAGGUCGAUCAGUGCGAAGGUGACUUUGUAAGCCUCGAGACGGCAGAGGACUUUCGCAAGACUAUGCCCCCCGGUGUCUUGACGGGAGAUUUUCCCGGCUGGAAGGGGUGGCUCAGCCGCUCAGGCGCUGGAUGGAUCCAUGCACGCAAGGCCAUGUUGUCUGCGUACAUUGAGGCGUCUCGGCUCGGGGUCAAGUUUGUGACUGGAUCGCCGGCGGGUAACGUUGAGGCCCUGGUCUACAGGGACGGGGAUGUCAUCGGAGCCCGGACUGCAGAUGGCCAAGUCCACCAUGCAGACCGAGUUAUAUUGGCUGCAGGUGCUGGUAGCGACCGUUUACUGGACUUCAAGAAGCAGCUCCGUCCGACAGCUUGGACAUUGAGCCAUAUCCGCAUGACCCCCGAGGAGGCAAAGAAGUUCCGGAAUCUGCCCGUGCUGUUUAAUAUAGCCAAGGGAUUCUUCAUGGAACCCGAUGAAGACAACCACGAGCUCAAGAUCUGCGACGAACACCCGGGAUACUGCAACUUCGUCGCAGACGCCAACAACCCCGCAGGCGAAUCAAGAAGCGUCCCCUUCGCAAAGCACCAGAUCCCACUGGAAGCCGAGGCUCGCGCGAGGGAUUUUCUGCGAGACACGAUGCCACACCUCGCCGAUCGACCGUUUUCUUUUGCUCGGAUCUGCUGGGAUGCCGAUACGCCUGAUCGGGCGUUUCUGAUUGAUCGACACCCUGAGCAUUCAUCGCUUCUUGUAGCCGUGGGGGGUUCUGGGAAUGGUGCUAUGCAGAUGCCCACAAUUGGAGGGUUUAUUGUGGAUGCUCUGGAAGGAAGGCUGCAAAAAGAGUUGAAGGAUGUGGUUCGAUGGAGGCCUGAAACUUCCGUUGACCGUGACUGGAGGUCUACGCAGAACCGCUACGGAGGACCGGAUAAGCUGAUGGACUUUCAGGAUGUGAAGCCGGAUCAGUGGACGCAGAUUGAAGAAACUGAGAGCCGAUUAUAG